UAACAGUCAGUGCAGUGAAAAUCGUCAUCAACGCUUUUUGGGAUUCGAUUAAGCUUAUUUGAUGUAAUAAAGAUUUGAAGUAACAUUGAAAGAAUAAAGACUAGGUGAAAAAUCAAUCGAUUUUUUCAAAAAGUACAUAGGUGUCCAAAAAUUAUGAGGGAGAUCGUUCACCUCCAGGCUGGACAAUGUGGCAAUCAAAUUGGAGCAAAAUUUUGGGAAGUCAUAUCAGAUGAACACGGUAUUGACCCUACUGGUGGCUACCAUGGAGAUUCCGAUCUUCAGUUAGAACGAAUUAAUGUUUAUUAUAAUGAAGCGACUGGCGGAAAAUAUGUUCCAAGAGCGAUCCUCGUUGAUCUUGAACCUGGAACAAUGGAUGCUGUGCGUUCAGGACCAUUUGGACAGAUUUUUCGUCCAGAUAAUUUUGUUUUUGGUCAGAGUGGAGCCGGAAAUAAUUGGGCUAAAGGUCAUUACACCGAAGGUGCUGAAUUGGUUGAUUCAGUUCUUGAUGUCGUACGGAAAGAAGCUGAGAGCUGUGAUUGCCUUCAGGGUUUUCAAUUAACACACUCAUUGGGAGGUGGUACAGGUGCUGGUAUGGGCACUCUCUUGAUUUCUAAAAUUCGUGAAGAAUAUCCAGAUCGCAUAAUGAUGACCUUUAGUGUUGUUCCAUCUCCUAAAGUUUCUGAUACGGUGGUCGAGCCAUAUAACUGUACACUUUCUGUGCAUCAACUUGUCGAGAAUACAGAUGAGUCAUAUUGUAUUGACAACGAGGCACUUUAUGAUAUUUGCUUUAGAACGCUAAAGUUAACAACACCGACGUACGGCGAUCUUAAUCAUCUAGUUUGCGCAACUUUAAGUGGUGUUACUACUUGCCUAAGGUUUCCUGGUCAGCUAAAUGCUGAUCUUAGAAAGCUUGCUGUUAAUAUGGUGCCUUUUCCAAGGCUACAUUUUUUCAUACCUGGAUUUGCGCCACUUACAUCAAGAGGUUCGCAACAAUAUAGAUCAUUAACCGUGCCUGAGUUAACUCAACAGAUGUUUGAUGCGAAAAAUAUGAUGGCUGCGUGUGAUCCACGAAACGGCCGUUAUUUGACAGUAGCGGCUGUUUUUCGUGGUCGGAUGUCAAUGAAAGAAGUUGAUGAACAAAUGUUGAAUAUUCAAAAUAAGAAUAGUAGCUAUUUUGUGGAGUGGAUUCCGAGUAAUGUUAAGACAGCAGUAUGUGAUAUUCCACCGCGUGGACUUAAGAUGUCUGCCACAUUCAUAGGUAACUCCACAGCAAUUCAAGAACUGUUCAAACGCGUGUCUGAACAAUUUACAGCUAUGUUUAGACGAAAAGCAUUUUUGCAUUGGUAUACUGGUGAAGGAAUGGAUGAAAUGGAGUUUACAGAAGCUGAAAGUAAUAUGAAUGAUCUGGUAAGUGAAUAUCAACAAUAUCAAGAAGCUUCUACCGAAGAAGAUGGAGAAUUUGAUGAUGAAGAAGGUGAAAAUGAAGAAAAAUAAAGAAAAAUUUUUAGUUGUACCAUUACUUCAAUAAAGUUGUCAACUCAUAUUUUCAAAAAUAGUAGUUUAGUAUCAAGCAACGAGAAUGUGUAUUUGUUAAAAGAGUUAAUUUUAAAGUUUUCCAUUUUUGUAUUUUAGUUAUAAAAAAAUCUGUAUCGGUCAUCUUCAAGUUGUUAUUGUUCUACGUUACUGUUAUUUGUUAUAAUCAAACCUUCUUAAUGGAAAGAUGAAUUGUAAAUCUAAAUAUAAAGUAUAUAAAUAGUAGAUUCCUAUUGUUUCAUGAGUGCAGGAUUUGUAAUUUUAUAUUUUUUUAUUAAAAGGAUUGUUAGUCUACUUUUAUCUGUAUCCAAGUGCAUUUCAUCUAGUUUUAAAUGCAUUAAAAUUAUUUCUU